GGACAAGGGGUCCCUCAAUCCAACUGGCCCAUGGCACCCAAGCUUGAGGCCGGAGAGAGGACCCCAACGUAGGGGACGCAGGCGCCCCUCGCUUCCGCUGCCUGCCGCCCUCCCUCCAGCUUUGGCCGUCCCGGCCGAUACGCGUGCACCCGCUCGGCCAGGCUGGGUGCGCGCCCGGACAGUCCUGCGCAUGCGCGGCGUCCCGGUUGCAGGAGCUCUUGGAGCAGACGAUCCUUUACCAGUCCCUCCCAGUGAUGGGGGCAGGCUGUUAGUUUCUCCAGCAGCUGUGGAGCGACCAGGGUGGCCCAUGGAUGUCCCAGAGGGCCGGGCGGGUGGCCCCGCUGCAAAAAUGUAUCUCUGGGACCAGCUGGAGGAGGGGAGCCUGGGGACGCUGCUGAGCUUAGAGGAGCAAAUACUCAACUCGACGUUCGAAGCUUGUGACCCCCAGAGGACAGGUAUCGUGACUGUGACCCACGUACUAGCCUACCUGGAGGCUGUGACAGGACGGGGCUCCCAGGAUGCACGCCUCCAAACACUGGCCUGCAACCUGGACCCCAAUGGAGAGGGCCCUCAGGCCACUGUGGACUUGGACACCUUCCUGGUUGUCAUGCGGGAUUGGAUUGCUGCCUGUCAGUUGGAUGGGGGAUUAGAGCUGGAAGAGGAGACAGCCUUCGAGGGGGCCCUGACCUCCCAGCAACCGCCAUCUGGAUGCCCAGAAGCUGAGGAGCCAGCCAACCUGGAGAGCUUUGGAGGCGAAGACCCCAGACCUGAGCUGCCCGCCACAGCUGACCUGCUGAGCAGCCUGGAGGACCUGGAGCUCAGCAACCGCAGGCUGGCCGGGGAGAACGCUAAGCUCCAGCGCAGCGUGGAGACAGCGGAGGAGGGAUCUGCACGCCUCGGGGAGGAGAUUGCAGCCCUGCGCAAGCAGCUUCGCAGUACCCAGCAGGCUCUGCAGUGUGCCAAGGCUGUGGAUGAGGAGCUGGAGGAUCUGAAGACUCUGGCCAAGAGCCUGGAGGAGCAGAAUCGCAGCCUCCUGGCCCAGGCCCGACAGACGGAAAAGGAACAGCAGCAUCUGGUGGCCGAGAUGGAGACUCUGCAGGAGGAGAACGGGAAACUACUGGCUGAGCGGGACGGAGUGAAGAGGAGAAGUGAGGAGCUGGCCACAGAAAAGGACGCUUUGAAGGUGGAACCUCUUCCUCCUGCCAUUUUUACCAGUUUCAGCCACUCUGGCCUACGGCAGCUCUUUGAGUGUGAACGCCUCAUUUGCCAACGAGAUGCUGUCCUCUCUGAGCGUACUCAACAUGCAGAGAGUCUGGCCAAGACCUUGGAGGAGUACAGAACGAUGACCCAGGAACUGAGGCUGGAAAUCUCACACCUGGAGGAGCAGCUGAGUCAGAUCCAUGAGGGGCCGGAUGAGCUACCGGAAGGGGCCCAGGUGAGAAGAGCGGGCUGGACCCAGGCGCUGCCCCCGUCACUGGGCGUGGAGAUCCAGGCCAUUCGGCAGAAACAAGAAGUGGCAGACUCCGCUCUCUCCAGCCCUCUCUGUGGAGUGUGGCAGUGGGAGGAGGUCAUCAUCGAGACUGAGACAGACGAGGAAGCUGAGUUUCCACCUGAAGCCCCAGCUGGGGCAGAGAGAAACUUCCAGGGAGAGCCAGCGCACCCUCAAGGAGGAAGGAAGGAGCAAUCGAUGUGGUUACCCAGAAGACAGGAAGAGGAGGAAGCAGAGACCCAGGUCAGGGCCAAUCUCCCCAUCCCUCUGGGAGACCCUCACCCUGGAGACAUUCCAGGAAGCCUUCCUGAGAGCAGCCCUGCCAAGCCAGAUCUGCAGCGAGCCCUGGUGCCUGUGGUGAAAGAGCUGGUCCCAGUCAGCAGGCCGGACUGGGGCCAGCUCUGCCUGGCCCCCCUGCACCCCCAGCCGCUCAGGGUCACCCGGCACCCGCUGAUCCCCGCUCCAGUCCUGGGGCUGCUGCUGCUGCUGCUUCUCUCUGUCUUGCUGCUGGGCCAGUCCCCACCUCCGACCUGGCCCCACCUUCAGCUCUGCUACCUUCAGCCGCCCCCAGUGUGAGACACCCUGAGUAAGGUCUAGUCAAUGAACGCCCCGGGACUCUUUCUACUGUUAUUACCAUUGUUGUGCCAUCGUUACCUGGGAGCACCCCAGUUCGGGGACCCCAGAUACAGUACUCCAGGAUCUGCACCCCCAUACUGGGUUUUUAGGUGAUGUCUUUUGUUUUGGUUUGGUUUUUUGAUAUUGGUGACUACAUUUCUUAAUAGCAAACAUAUCCAAUAAUGGACUAAAUACUAGGUGGGUAUUUUUCUCAUGAAACAAGUCUGGAGAAGGACAGCUGUGGGCCCACAGCUCAGAGUCUCCACAACUUGGGGGCCAGGAGGGCUGUGAUUCUCUAUGAUUCUCUUGGCCCUUCCCUUUUGCUCAGGAGAUGGCAGGCAUAGCUUCACACGUCGCACCUGCAGGAAGCGUGCACCUUUUUUAAAGAAAAAGCGGUAGCCUUCUCAGGGCCAGCGGCAGACCUGUGUUUAUGUCUCACUGGCAAAAAUCUCUUGUUGUGACCACUCUUAGCUGCAAGAGAGGCUCAGAGACCGAGCACCCUCCUGGCAGACAGAGGGAGAAAGAGAUGUGGGCCGGGCUCACCCCACAGAUGUCCUGUGCGGUGCAAACAGCCCAUGGGAAAUGGACCAGUGUGCCAUUUGUUCACUCAUCACUUCCUGCUCAUUUGUUUGCCACAAUUAGACCUUCGAAGAUAAAGCUGUAGAAAAACAGGCCCUCCAAUGCCAGGCUGGGGAGUGCUGGUUUGCUCCUAAGGAUGAUGGGAGCUCUGGGAGAUUUUAUUGCUUGUUUUUGGUUACUUAUGUUUUAACUGAGAUGUAAGUUAUGUACACAUAAAUGGAUGUGUACAUUCACAUGUACAUGUGAAAUGGACCAGUGUGCCAUUUGUUCACUCAUCACUUCCUGCUCAUUUGUUUGCCACAAUUAGACCUUCGAAGAUAAAGCUGUAGAAAAACAGGCCCUCCAAUGCCAGGCUGGGGAGUGCUGGUUUGCUCCUAAGGAUGAUGGGAGCUCUGGGAGAUUUUAUUGCUUGUUUUUGGUUACUUAUGUUUUAACUGAGAUGUAAGUUAUGUACACAUAAAUGGAUGUGCUCUCUUCGGCAGCACAUAUACUAAAGUUGGAACCAUACAGAUAAAUGGACAAAAUCUUAAA